UUAUUUAUUUAUUUUUUUUUUUCAAUUAUUGAAUUUAUUCUUUAGUUAUGAACAUUCGAAAAUAUUCAAAAGUGUUGAUUUGAACUGCACAUGUCACCCUUGACAUGCGCACAAAGCGCAAUCCUCGGCGACGAUAAACAAAAAUGAGAAUGGCAGUUCGCGUGUUGUCACGUUAUUUCGUCCAUUUGCAGCAUCGGACAGCAAUAAUAAAUGUCAGAGCAAUUCAUGGAACUUUCCUUGAUCGUAACAAGAAAAAUAUCCAAAGUGCAGAUAAUAACAUAUUUGAUACAUCGAGGAGUCUUUUUGAGGUCAAUUAUAACCUAGACGGUGUCUCAAUAAGAUGUAAACACAGCAGAAGUGGCAGAAAGGGACGAGGUCAGGAGGAAGAGGACGAGGAGGAUGUUGACGAGCAGGGGGAUCCGGAAAUCGAAUUGUUGGCUCAGGGUAAACAUAAUAAGAUAAUCACCCCUAGUACUCAGUCAAUGAGGAUUGAUGCUGUCGUUAAAGCUGGUCUUGGAAUAGCCAGAAGUCGAGCAGAUGUAGCUCUUUACGAGAGUAGAAUUCGUAUUAAUAGUGAAAAGGUCUUGAAAAAAGGUUAUCAAGUGGGUAUUAACGAUGUAAUAGACUUCAUUGUGGGCCCCAGCCCCAAAAACCCGAAGUUCACGAUAGUGAACAGAAUGACAGUUCUGGACGCAAAGCCCAACGUAGACACGAUAAAGCUGAAGGUCCUGAGGGAGAAGAAUCUGGUAAUCGACGACUACGUAGAUUCUUACAAACUCGAAUCGAACUAGUGAUAAAAAGUAAAAAAGUUUGUAUUUCUGUGUAAAUAUCUGUACAAAAUGUAUCAAUCUCCACUCCUCGAAGAUUCAACCAAUUACUUUACAUUAUUAAAAACUAGAUACAAUUUUAAUUGCAAAACAUGUUGGCAAAGAAAUAUAUUCAAUUACGGAAUUUACUGAACGUAACUUUGGAGAGCUGAAGAGAAUUUUGUAACCUGAAAGAAGGGCAGACUAAAAACCCUCUCCGAGAAAUUAAAAAUU